AUGGGUGGGAGCAAUGAAACCAGUGUCACAUAUUUCAUUCUCCUGGGUUUUCCCACCACUGCUGAACUGCAGCUGCCUCUCUUCUCYGCUUUACUCCUGGUUUAUUUAUUAACAGUGCUGGAAAACUUCCUUAUCAUUCUCCUCAUCCGAACUAACCGCAGCCUGCAAAAACCCAUGUAUUUCUUCCUGGGGAAUCUGUCYUUUUUGGAGAUCUGGUACGUGUCUGUCAUUGAGCCCAAGAUGCUCGCAGAUGUGCUCUCUCAUGAUAAACAGAUCUCAUUUCAGGGCUGCAUGACCCAGCUGUAUUUCUUUGUCACUUUUGUUUGYACCGAGUACAUCCUGCUGGCUGUCAUGGCCUACGACCGCUUCGUGGCCAUCUGCAAACCCCUCAGGUACCCCCUCAUCAUGAGCCACCACUUCUGUGCUCAGCUGCUKGCUGCCUGCUGGAUCUGUGGCUUGGCCACUUCUUCCAUCAAGCUGAGCUUCAUAGCCCGCCUCUCCUUCUGCCAUGAGGACAAAAUCAAUCAUUAUUUCUGCGACAUCUCACCCCUGCUGAACAUUUCCUGCAGCGACUCCUCUCUGGCUGAGCUGGUGGACUUUGUCCUGGCUCUGAUGGUCAUCAUGGUCCCUCUGUGCGCCGUGGUGGCCUCCUACAUCUGCAUCCUGYUCACUGUGCUGAAGAUUCCUUCCUCCCAGGGGAGGCAAAAGGCUUUUUCCACCUGCAGCUCCCACCUGACCGUGGUGAUUUUGUUCUACUCCACCACUCUCUUCACCUACGCCCACCCCAAGCUCAUGUACACCUAUCGUGCCAACAAGCUGGUGUCAGUCCUCUACACGGUGGUUGUGCCACUUCUGAACCCUCUCAUUUAUUGCCUCAGGAACAAAGAAGUCAGGCUGGCAGUCAGAAAGACCUUUACUUGCAGAAGACAYCCCAAAGAAAUCAAGGAAAGGCUCCCAGAGAAGGGGCUUUGCYCAUGA